AUGGAGGAACAUCGGUACAUGACAUCAAACACGAACGAUCCACAAAAUCAACCAACAAUAGAUCCAUACGCUGCUUUAGGUAUGGCAACAAAUAAUAGCGUUGGAAAUAAUACAUUUGAACCGUUAAAAGGGAAAGGGGAAUACAAAAGGGAAAGGGAAAUACGAAAGGGAAAGGGGAAUACGAAAGGGAAAGGGAAUUCGAAAGGGAAAGGGGAAUACGAAAGGGAAAGGGGAAUUCGAAAGGGAAAGGGGAAUACGAAAGGGAAAGGGAAUACGAAAGGGAAAGGGGAAUACGAAAGGGAAAGGGGAAUACGAAAGGUUCCGGGUUUUGGGGUAUUCCUCACAAUGCAAAUCUAG